AUGUCCAACGUCAUCGGUAUUACCUUCGGAAACACCUCGUCCUCGAUUGCAGUCGCUACACAGGACGGCAAAGUUGACGUUAUCGCUAACCCCGAUGGAGACCGUUCCAUUCCUUCGGUUUUGUCGUACAUUGGAAUCGAUGAGUACCACGGAGCUCAAGCCAGAGCUCAGUUGGUUAGAAACCCAAAGAACACCAUCAUCAACUUCAGAGAUUAUCUUGGAAAGAAGUACGAUGAGGUCGAUUUAUCUGUGUCCGCUUCUGGUGCCACUCCAGUCAAGACUGAGGACGGAGGCAUCGGAUACAAGAUCCUCAGAGAAGAGGACAAGGAAGAGCUUGUCACCGUCGAGGAGGCUUGCACUAGACAUUUCAAGCAGUUGAAGUUGGCUGCUGAGGAUUACUUGGGUCGCCUGAUCGAGAGCGCUGUGUUGGCCGUUCCUACUGACUUCACCGAGCACCAGAAGGCCCUUUUGGCUAAGGUGGCUGCUGACGCCGGUUUGAAGGUGUUGCAGACCAUCAAUGAGCCAUCUGCCGCCUUGUUGGCUCAUUUGACUGCCUCUUCCACUGCUAGUGGCGAGGAGACCAUGUUGCAGGACAAGAUCUAUGUGGUUGCAGACUUUGGAGGUAUCAGACUGGAUGCCGCCGUCAUUGCUGUCAGAGGAGGUAUUUUGACCAUCUUGGCUACUGCUCACAAGCGUAACUUGGGAGGUGAUGACUUGGAUGACUCCAUUUCCGAGCACUUCUCCAAGGAGUUCGAGAAGAAGAACAAGGUGGACCCAAGAAAAACUGCCAGAGCCUUGGCCAAAUUGAAGGCUGAGUCCAUCAUCACCAAGAAGACUUUGUCCAAUGUGACUUCUUCUUCUUUCUCCAUCGAGUCCCUCGCAGAGGGUAUCGAUUUCCUCUCCAACAUCAACAGAUUGAGAUUCGAGUUGGCUGCCAGAAAGCCAUUGAGUGAAAUGACUGCCUUCGUUGAGUCUGUAUUGACGAAAGCUGGCUUGGACGCCUUGGACGUUGAUGAGGUCUUGUUGGCUGGAGGUUGUGCUAAUGUCGUCAAGUUGGCUUCCAACGUGCAAUUCAUCUUCCCUGAAUCUACCACCGUUAUUGCUCCUUCCUUGGACACCAAGGCCACCAACCCAGAGGAGUUAUCGACCAAGGGUGCCGCUUUGCAGGCUGCUUUGGUUGAAGGUUUCGACGAGGAGGAGAUUGCUGAGUCGUUGCAGCCUGUUGUUGUUAACACCCAGCACUUGUCUGCUCCAAUUGGUAUCAAAGAUGCUGAGGGAAACUUCCACUCUAUUUUGGUCAGAGAGACUGCUUACCCAAUCAAGAAGUCCUUCGAAGUGACCAAUGGCGAGUCUUCUGAUGUUGUUGUGGAGUUGUACGAGGGUAAGAGAACUGUCAAAGAGACUGUCAUCGAGCCUACUCCAGUUUCUGACGAUGAGGAGGAUUCUGAAGAUGAGUCUGACGAGGAGCCAGAGAUCAAGAAGGAGGUUGUUUACGUUGCAGGCGAGUUGUUGGCCAAGUUGAACUUGACGGACUUGAAGCCUAACUCCAAGUUGGAGGUAAUCAUCAACAUCACCCAGAACGGUACUUUGCACUUGACUGGAAGAGAGUUGAAGCAGGGUGCUGUGGCUGUGAAGGGAGAGAUCAAGGGAUCUGCUUAA